UUUGAAGACUAUAGAAUGCCCAAUCUCACGAGAAUAACAGGAUUCAUCCUUACGGGUCUUUCAGACACCCAGGAGCUACAGACUGUCUGUGGAGUAUUCUUCCUGGUAGUGUACCUAACAAUCCUGAUGAGUAACUUCCUUAUCGUCACUCUCAUCACGCUGGAUCUGAAGCUCCAAACACCCAUGUACUUCUUCCUGAAGAACUUGUCCCUGUUUGACAUCUUCUUUGUGUCUGUCCCAAUCCCAAGUUUCUUUGUCAACAGUCUAACUCACAACAAUUUCAUUUCCAUUCCUGGUUGUGCCUUCCAGAUACUUUUUAUGACUUCUUUUUCAGCAAGUGAGACAAUUGUCCUGACCGCCAUGUCCUAUGACCGCUAUGUUGCCAUCUGCUGUCCCCUGCACUAUGAGGUCAUUAUGAGUCGUCGAACCUGUACGCUGAUGGUGGCUGUUUCCUGGGCUACUGGAGUACUCUUUGGAGCCAUAUAUACAGCUGGAACAUUUUCCAUGCCUUUCUGUGGCUCCAAUGUGAUCCCACAGUUUUUCUGUGAUGUCCCCUCAUUGCUAAGGAUUUCCUGCUCUGAAACACUUGUGGUCGUUUAUACAAGUCUUGGAAUUGGUCUGUGUCUAGGCAUGUCUUGCUUUACCUGUGUGAUGAUCUCUUACUAUCACAUAUUAUCCACUGUGCUUAAGAUUCCUACUACUAAGGGUCAGUCCAAAGCAUUUGCCACAUGUGUCCCCCACCUCACUGUUUUCACUAUUUUCAUUGCUGCUGCUUGCUUUGUCUAUCUGAAGGCUCCCUCAGAUGUACCGUCAGUCACAGACAAGCUUUUUUCUGUUCUCUACACCGUAUUACCUCCAGCACUCAAUCCUUUGAUCUACAGCCUGAGGAACAGGGAUGUCAAGUGUGCUCUGAGGAGGUUUCUUCAAAAUCUCUGCCACAGGGGUUCACUUCAUUUAACACUUCAAAUUAUCUGUCAGUGGUAUAGUGCCUCACAAGUUACAAGAAAGUUUUUAUAACUUUUGACUUUAGAAAGACAAGUGUAGAUACUCAUGCUUGUCCUUAGAAAUAUACAUUCAAAAUAAAGCUAAUACUAUCUAUGAUCAGAAAAUUAAGUUAUAUCUGGCUUGUUUCUGCUGUUCUAUGAUAAAACUGUCAUCAUUUGGGGAAUAUAAGUUUCUAAAAGUAUUAGUCUUUUUUGGUAAUUUUCAGUAUCUGUCUAUUGAUACUUCUUAUCUGGUUCAUUUAGAAACAAAAAAAUUUAGAUGGUGGAAGUAUAUUAUCAAUCACAUAAUUUCUCUGUUAGUCUUUCUUCUGUUUGAAAAAGAAACAAUCAGGAUUCGAAGCCAUAAGCCUAGCGCAUUCUGGAGAUUUAACUCAAGCCUCAAGUAUUUUUAAUGCGAAGACAAACUUGGAGAAUGAUUAUAUAAGACAAGUUCUAAAAGAGAAAUAGUAGCUCAGCAGAUUGAAAGUGCUAUCAAAGGGACACGGGAGAGGCAGACACUUGUGUGACUAUUUUUCUACAGUUUCUCCUGAAUAGAAGCAUUACUUACAGAUGACGGAAGGCUGGCUUUUGAGUCUAAGGAACACAAUAUAUUCCUUAAAUAACCUUACAAGUUUUCGAGAGUCUAAAGAACACAAGUCCCGUUCUGUUAUUACAGAAGUGUUAAACAAGGGUUGGGGAGAAAGACUCUCUGACAAUCCUUAGAGCCCAGAUGUGAUCCAUUUGAACUUCAUGCAUUCAGCAGCAGGACUGCAGUUUCUGUGAGUUUUCACGAAAACUGGAUAUGAAAACAUUUGGUUGAUGCAACUGCUUUUGAGUCCUCCAGGCUGCUGUAAGUAAGUAAUCCCAAUAAGCACAUUAACUCAAAAGUUGUAUUGGCAUAGAAUUGCUUUGGUUGUCUGUCUGGUAUACAUGCGUAGGUGUUGUUUCUCCACAGGAUAUGUUAGCAUAGCAAUGGGCAAGGUGUGUUUGUCAGCCUGCCUGUAGUCCAGUAAAGCAUUCCAUGUAACUGCAUGAAUAUCAUUGUUCUAUCAUCUGCUACAAAGAAGAUAUGGAACCAAAUAAAAUUAUAAUAGAAAUCACAUGUUUAUGAAAAAUUUCUCUAGAUGAAUUUCCUAAUAAACCAAGCAGUGUUUU